GUCUCUCUCUCUCUCUCCUUCCCAUCUUUUCCUCCCGCUCUCCGCCGCUUGCCGCCCGAUCCUGGCCCUGCUCCCGUCCUGCUGCAAACCCCCCCCGUCGGGCUGCCGUCAAUGCCGCUGCCGGACGCCACCUACCAUCCCAGCCGGUACCUGCUGCUGGGAGGGCUCCGGCCGCUGGGACGGCCGUCCCUCGGGUACUUGGUCCCCCGGCUGUCGGAGGGGGCCCGCUACCAGCUGGCGGUGUCGGCCUUGGCUCCGAAUUCCGGCCUGGUGCUGGACAACCUGACCCCCAUUUGGGCCACGGUUCGACACCGGAAUGCCCCCUUCGCGCCGCCCUCCUGCGAUGAUGAGGCCCUGCCGGUGCGGCUGGCGGUGCAAGUUUACAGCAGCCUGGCCGCGGCCACCGGGGCCCCGUGCACGGAUCCCGGCGUGCCGCAGGGGACCAAGGCGGCCAAAGCCGCGGCGGCGGCCGCCGCAUCGACCGCCGCCCCGGUGGAGGUGUGCUCCGACCGGGCAUUCUCCCUGCCGACGGAGUUCUCCUGCCUGAGGCCGGUGGCCGGCUUGGCGGCCGGUACCCGGCGCUUGGCGCAUGCGGCCUCCAGCCCGGGGCUGCCGGCGCGCCAUGUGCUGGACUCGCGCUCCGGCACGCCAUUGCGUUUGGUGGUGCGCUCGGAGACCGACCUGCUCACCGCGUGCAUCCAUCGGCUCGGGGCCUUCACCGCGUGCUCCCUCAGCCGGCUGCUGCUGGGGGAGGAUUCCCUGCAGUUGACCGGUGCCGGGAGCCCGGCCGCUCCCAUGCAGGGGACCGGCCCGCCGGAGGGCACCCCUCCGCCGGUGGCCAGCACGCCGGGGCUCCGGAAGCCCCCCCGGUUGCCGGUGUCGGCCAUUGCCCUGGCCCGGCCGCAGCGGGAUUGCCUGAUCAUCCCUCGGCGCGCGCGCCCGGGGCUCGGCCGGCAGAUGGGCCUGGCGCUGAAACGCUCGGCCACCGACACCUGGAACAUGGCCUGGGCCACGGUGACCGGGCGCUAUCGUCGGCGGCUGGUGCCCUCGGCGCGGGCCGACCCCGGGGCCAGGUGGUCGCCGCGGCUGGCCGGCCCCAGUGCCCUGGCCGCCCGGUCGGCCGACUUCCUGGCCACCUGCGUGGUGGAUUCCAUGCGGGCGGCCUUCCUGGCGACGGUCUUGUCGCCGGUCCUCCUGGCCGCGCCCAUCUGCCUGUCAGACAACUCGCCGGUGUGGCUGCGCACCGCCUUCUGGCACCUUGUGACCGAGGCCCUGGAGCUAUGCGGGCCGACAUUCAUCAAGCUCGGCCAGUGGGCGGCCACCCGGCCGGACAUGCUGCCCCCCGAGGCGGCGAGUGCCCUUUCGCGAUUGCACAGCGCGGUCAAGCCCCACUCGGCGGCCGUGGCCCGGGCCUCCCUGGCGAAGGCCGUGGCGCCGGCACAGCUGGCCUCGGUAUUCAGUCGCUUUGAGGAUGUUCCCGUUGGUGCUGGCUGCAUUGCUCAAGUCCACCGGGCGGUGCUGCGUCAAACCGGGCAGGUGGUCGCCGUGACGAUCCAGCAUCCCGGCGUGCGGAAGGUGGUCGAGCGGGACUUGAGGCUGAUCCAGCGCGCGGCGGCCACCGGCGAGUGGCUCAUUCCCUGGAUCCAGGUGACCGGCGCGGCCAACACCUUUGCCCAGGUGAUGCGCGAGCAGAUGGACUUCCGUCAGGAGGCCCGGCAUCUGGAUCGGUUUUUGGAAAACUUCGACGGCGUGUCCGAAGUCACCUUCCCGAUGCCCGUAUGGCCGUAUGUAUCGCGCGAGGUUGUCGUGGAGACCUUCCUCCAGGGGAUACCCAUCAGCCAUUUCCUCGAACGUCAGGAUGAAUUCACGCGAUCGCUGUCGGCCGUCGGGCUGUCGGCCUUCCUGAAGAUGAUCCUCGUGGACAAUUACAUUCAUGCCGAUCUUCAUCCUGGCAAUAUCAUCGUCCAGCCGGGCAGUCUGGUGGAGCCACGCCCGCCAACCGGGAUCCGGGGAUUCUUUUCGCGGCUUUCCUCCUCGACCGGUCGGUCUGCCGGUUCGAGCGGCCCCCAGGAGGAGAAUCUCUUCUCGGCCGCGCGGCUGGGCGGCCCUGCCGAGGGAGCCGCCUCGGCGGAGGGUCCGCUUGGGGUGUUGGCCUGGCUGCAAUCGCUCUUCUUCGGCCAGGGCCUUGGGUCAUCGGUUGCGCGCACUCAGCCGCGCCUUGGGUUUGUGGAUGCCGGGAUUGUGGUCCGCUUGAAUCCGGCCGAUCGGACAAACUUCGUCGACCUCUUUUCGGCGGUGGUCUUCGGCCGUGGGGCCCUUGCGGCCACGUUGAUGAUCGAGCGCAGCUCCAAGCCCGAGAGUGUCCUCGACCGGGAGGGCUUCGUUCGGGAGAUGACUCGUGUCAUUGAUUUCGUCCAACGGAACUCCUUCAAGCUUGGUAAUGUCCAUGUGUCCGAGGUCCUGAGCCACGUUCUGGAUCUGGUCCGGGUGCAUCGGGUCAUGAUAGAUACAUCCUUCACAUCGCUCAUCAUGGGCAUCAUCAUUCUCGAGGGCCUGGGCCGGCAGCUGUACCCGAAUCUAGAUCUGCUUGACGUGGCGCGCCCGUGGCUGGCCCGGGCGGAUGGCGAGCUUCAAGAGCUGGCCGCGCCGAGCCGCAUGCUGGCCGCCGCCCUGACAGCCCGGUCGAUUGCACGUCGGGUGAUCGGCGAUUUCACAACCCCGGAGGAUCGGACUUUUGCCUCCGGCGGGCCGGACGCCGCUCAGACACCCUCUCCACCGCCUUCGCCCAAGUUCCCGACCCUUUGAGCGCGACCGGUGGAAGGAACCGCCGAACGGCGGACGGCCAGCUCCCCUGCCUGGGCUGUCUCUCGGGGAGGGCGCCCAUAGUCAUACGAUGUCAUCUUUUUUCUUCUUUUUUUUCCUUUUCCCUUGUCGCCCUGUGUGAGCGUGGGUGUGGAUGGGCGUGCGCGGCCGUUCCGCGCAAUAGAGCGAACGCCCUCCUGUCUAGAUGCGCACCCCUGGCCCUGCUCGCCCCUGCCGACACUCAUCGCCCUCUGCCACACUCCAUAGGGAGUUAGCAGGUGGAUGCGCCGGUGGGCGAGCCGGCGAGGUCCCCGCACCCAGGCACACGCGCCCGCGCCCGCGCGCCCGCGCGCCCUCCCCCCCCCCCCC